GGAAAAGGCAGGCAUGUGGCAUCGCAUAUUUGUGCUGAGCUGCAUGUGGAGUGCGUUUUUCAUUUCCCGCAGCCAAGGGCAACAAAUCAACAUUGGUGCCUUCUUCUAUGACGAUGAACUGGAACUGGAAAAGGAGUUCCUUGAGGUAAUCAAUGCCAUCAACGGUCCUGAACCGGAGCAAACCCUGCGCUUCUUUCCUUUGAUAAAACGUUUAAAACCCGAGGAUGGCAGUGUCACCAUGCAGGAGCAGGCCUGCGAUCUUGUGGAUAAUGGUGUCGCGGCUAUUUUCGGACCAAGUUCAAAGGCGGCGAGCGACAUUAUAGCUUUGGUUUGCAAUAAUACCGGCAUUCCCCACAUUGAAUUCGAUGUGGCGGACGAGGAGCAUUUGGAGGAGAGACCCAACCAUCAGAUGACUUUGAAUCUUUACCCUUCUCAGGUGAUACUCUCCAAGGCCUAUGCGGAUAUUGUUCAGAACUUUGGCUGGCGCAAGUUUACCAUAGUCUAUGAUGCGGAUGAUGUCAAGGCUGCCGCUCGUUUACAGGACCUUUUGCAGUUGAGGGAAGUCCACAACGAAGUGGUUAGGGUAAGAAAGUUCCACAAGGACGAUGACUAUCGGGUCAUGUGGAAAAGCAUUAGGGGUGAAAGAAGAGUGGUUCUGGACUGUGCUCCUGGAAUGCUGGUGGAGCUAUUGAAUGCCUCUUCGGAAUUUGGUCUAACUGGACAGUUUAAUCACAUUUUCCUGACCAAUCUGGAUACCUAUACCGAUCACCUGGAGGAACUCUCUGCCGACAAUGAGACCUUUGCUGUGAAUAUAACUGCAGCUCGACUUCUGCUCAAUCCUGAUCCGCCACCAUACUCCCAGCCCUAUGGCUAUGUCAUUCAAAAGGAUGACAUAGUUUACGAGAGCAACGAGUCGCCUCGCACUCUCCUCCAUGACCUAAUCCAUGAUGCCCUGCAUCUCUUUGAGCAAUCCUGGCGAAAUGCCAGCUUCUUUUACCCCGACCGGAUGGUGGUGCCUCGGAUUACCUGUGACUUUGCCUCCUCCGGAGGUCGCACCUGGGCCAUGGGUCGCUAUCUCACACGCCUCAUGAAAGGGACAUCCGGUGUGAAUAGCACCAACUUCCGGACAACUAGCCUGCAGUUCGAUGAAGAUGGUCAACGGAUAACGUUCAAUAUAGAGGUCUACGAUCCCCUAGAUGGCAUUGGCAUUGCGGUGUGGGAUCCCAGGGGUCAGAUAACGCAACUGAAUGUGGAUGCCAAGGUGCAAAAGAAGAUCGUUUACAGAGUGGCCACGAGGAUAGGACCACCGUAUUUCUCCUACAAUGACACUGCCGUGGAGCUAAAUAUGACUGGAAAUGCACAAUAUCAGGGUUAUGCCGUGGAUCUUAUCGAUGCCAUUGCCCAGGAGAUGGGUUUCGAGUAUUUAUUUAUUCCUGUGGCGGAUCAACAGUAUGGAAAGCUGGACAAGGACACCAAGCAAUGGAAUGGCAUUAUUGGCGAGAUUAUUAAUAAUGAUGCCCACAUGGGCAUUUGUGAUCUGACCAUCACCCAAGCACGGAAAACCGCCGUGGAUUUUACGGUUCCCUUCAUGCAAUUGGGCGUCAGCAUUUUGGCCUACAAAAGUCCGCAUGUGGAGAAGCCUCUGGAUGCGUAUUUGGCGCCCUUUGGUGGUGAGGUUUGGAUGUGGAUCCUGAUUUCGGUGUUUGUGGUCACCUUUCUCAAGACAAUUGUCGCAAGAAUUGCCAAGAUGGAGUGGGAGAACCCGCAUCCUUGCAAUCGUGAUCCUGAAGUGCUGGAGAACUCUUGGGAUAUUCACAACACGGGUUGGCUAACGGUGGCCUCCAUUAUGACAGCUGGUUGCGAUAUUUUGCCAAGGAGUCCGCAGGUUCGCAUGUUCGAGGCCACCUGGUGGAUUUUUGCCAUCAUUAUAGCCAACUCUUACACUGCCAAUUUGGCUGCCUUCUUGACCAGUUCCAAAAUGGAGGGAAGCAUUGCCAAUCUUAAGGAUUUGAGUGGUCAGAAGAAGGUUAAAUUUGGCACAAUUUACGGUGGAAGUACGUACAAUCUCUUGGCAGAUUCCAAUGAGACUGUUUAUCGCCUGGCUUUCAAUCUGAUGAACAAUGACGAUCCUUCGGCCUACACCAAGGAUAAUCUGGAGGGAGUGGAGCGUGUGCAGAAGAAUCGCGGUGACUACAUGUUCCUUAUGGAGACAACCACCUUGGAGUAUCAUCGUGAGCUGCAUUGUGAUCUUCGUUCUGUUGGUGAAAAGUUUGGGGAAAAGCAUUAUGCCAUUGCGGUGCCUUUUGGAGCGGAAUAUAGAUCCAACUUGAGUGUGGCCAUCCUGAGGUUAAGCGAGCGGGGACACCUUUACGAUUUGAAGCAAAAAUGGUGGAAGAAUCCAAAUGCCAGUUGCUUUGAGGAACCAGAUCCGGAUGCCACACCGGACAUGACCUUUGAGGAGUUGCGUGGCAUUUUCUAUACACUCUAUGUGGGUAUCCUGAUUGCUUUUCUUAUUGGUAUUACCGAGUUUCUGGUCUAUGUGCAGCAGGUGGCCUUGGAGGAGAGGCUCACUUUAAAGGCAGCUUUUAAUAAGGAGAUUAGGUUUGUUCUGUGUGUUUGGAACAACAAGAAACCCAUUGUGGCUGGCACACCUGUUUCUAGCCUGCGAACAACUCCCAGGAGAUCCAUUGACAAGUCCUUGGAACGAACUCCCAAAUCAAAUCGACGCAUUGUCAUAGGUCGCUCUUCAGAGGAGAUGCGGGAAAUGGCUCAGGGAUCGGGUUCAGGUUCGGGUUCAGGUUCAGUUUCUUCAUCACCCGUCAAUCCCAAUCCCAAAAUAAAGCAAGAGGAGGCUCGUGUCUAA